AUGACUCGUUUAUCGUCGGAGACUGCUCUGAUCCGACGGGCCAUGGCACAGCUCUUGGUUCUCACGUGUCAGCACUCGCGAUUCGCAUUGCCUCUGCUACAGACGCUGUUACAGCGUGUGCUAGCGGAAUUGGCUGGUGUGAUGGGCACAAUCAGUUCUCAACGUCGCGGCGGUUUGUUGAACACGCUACGCUAUCUAUCAAUCGCAUGGCAUGAGGUGCUCAGCUCAAGCCCCAACGGCUUACUCGGGGAGUAUCCGCCGCCUAGUUUACGUCCUGGCAGUCUAGUUUCCAGUUCGACAGUUCGAUCACCGCCCACCAGCAAUUCAAUGAAACCCAAGAAUGGGUACGGUGACGAUUUAGCACCAGACGAUGGGUUCCAGGGGAACAGUGCAAUUAAAACAGCAGCACAAUCCGCUGUUUCGAGAAACGAAUGGGCCGAGCAAUUGUGCACUCAAGAGCACGAACUGACUGAAUCUAUCGAACAGUUGUGGUCGUUCGCUUUCCUGGUCUGUCUGGAUUCCGCAUCGUCGCGAAAUGGAAUCACUGUGUGCACUGCGGCGCUUGAGGCACUGUUACAAUUGCUCCAGUCCGGAUAUCCAAUACGUCUCUAUCCGCAUCGAUGGCUCGUCGAUGAUGUGACUUGGUUGACUGCAACCAUAAUGAACACCGGAUGGUCUGCCAGUUUGUCUGUUUCCUCCUAUGAACCCUCGCUAAUUGACUCAUCAAGUCCAUGGCUCGAAUCGGACUCAACCAGACUGCUCAGUUUACGCGAGUUGCUUACCCAAUUAAUCACACCUCAUGGGCUAAACAAGACGACUCUAUCCUCUCGAUCUGACUACGCUUUCUCAUUGCCUGAUUGUCAUUGGCUUCUCGAAUAUCUGGUUUUACAAUUCUGUCUCAUCCCGAAUAUGCCCGAUGUGCCGAGACCUGAUGUGCUUCCCAGAACAAGCAGUCAAUUGUUAGUCGUGGCCUGCUUGAGUCAGCUCACUCAGCUGUAUCCUCACUUGUUCUUGAUCCCGCUGAGGCUAGAUCGAUGCUGCUCGUCUAUGACGCAGAUGGUUCCCGGUCCAACACCUGUCUCCUUGAUUCUGGAUUUGUUGGAAUUUCAUUCGGAUCCACAAUUGCGCGGCCAGCUGUGCGUGCUCGCAGGCAAUGUGAUUUCCUCAUUUUUGGUCACGUGCAGCUUGAAAUCCCAGUCCGUACGUUCAGAUCCAGCAGUGGGAUGGCCUGCGUGGUCGGAUGUGCAAUUGCAGCUGGGACGUCUUCUAGCCGGUCUGGACGCGAUACUGUCGACAGAGAAUGCUGGCACUACAGUCCGUUUGGCGGUUGUUGCUCUUGCCUGUUCGGCCAAUGCGAUUUUGCAAUCGCCUGAUGCGCAUGGUCAGUCUUCGUCUUCACCGUCUCUGGUGGCCCUAUUACUCCAGUGUCUCGCACGUCAUCUGGUUCGACUUGCGCGACAUUCCUAUCGCUUGGUGCGUCGAGAGUUCAUGCUCAUGGUAGCUGAGUUGGAUUGGCAUCAGAUACUAUUCAUGGAAUCCCGACCACAAACGAAAACGCUUUGUCCUAGUUUAACUCGUCCUGUUCGACUGAUCGAUCUCGCUUGGAUUGAAUGCUGGCGUCUACUGUCGGAUCCCGAAGGCGAAUUGCGUGCGAUCUCGGCCAAUACUCUGCUCAUCCUCAGCACAGUCUUGACUGCAGCUGGUGACGAUCUACUCGCAACACCGAAACACACACGUCUGAUGCACGGUUGCCUAGAACGUCGACUUCAUUAUUGGUUCUCUCGCUCCUACCUGUUCGCAUAUUCUCCAACCCUGUCCUAUGGUCUUACGGAGUGCUGGUCUCCGCAAAGUUUUCCACCCUGUCUAUCUGAUCUUCCCGCGGAACUAGAUGUCGGUCCAGGCAGCUUGUUGCAUCAUGUGCCCGGUUCGUACGGGAUACGCUUACCCCAUCUGGAGCUAAUCAAUGGAGCCGAUCUAUCGAAUCGUGUACUUCUUGCAGGCCCGUUACGACUGUUUCGCGAAUGUGUGGCCGCGCUGCUGGAAUUACCCUGUGCUAGUUUGAUACCAGAUGAUCGAUACAUGUUGCACGGUGUAAUUCGUUGUUUGAAUCGUAUCCUGGGUCAAACUUCGAUUCUCGCGCAUUCCCGUGUCUGGUACGAUCAAUGCGUCAUCUCAAUAGACCAGCCGGAUUCCAGCGAUCCUCCAUCUUCGCUUGAUGCGGGUGUUACCCCUAAUCCUUCGGUUCCCAGUUCUCUGUUAGAUCGGCAACGUCGACCGCGGAUCGCACUGCUCUCGUGGCACUGUCUGACUUUAUUAUCUGCCACUAAUGUGACCGCCGUGGAUUUGGAAUUACACACUGAACUGGUUUCCCUAACUACCGGCUGUCUGUUACGUUGGGCUAUUCACGCCCUGACCGAAGGCAGUAUUCCGACCGGUUUGGCCUCGAUGAGUUUGGAUUUGCAACACGCCUACACCCGAUUCGCUUUAUCUUUCUUGCAUCAUGUUGCCCGUGUAUUGUUUGUGUUGUGGCACGUGGUCGAUGAGGUCUCACCGUCUCCGGCUCCCUCGACCGGACUGAUUGCUGAUCCCUUCCAUCCGGACGCCCCGAUCGGUAUCCUGAAUUCCAUCACCAUUUUGGCACAGACCGGUGCGAAUGCGGUCGCACAGGCUACUCAGGCGGCAGCGAACAAGGCUGUUCAGGGCGCAGCGGCAGCUGCUAAUGUCAGUGUGGUCAGUGUUCAGUCUGGUGGAGGAAGAAGAGGUUUGAAGUUGAACAGUCCGCUACGCAAAACAGUUCACGGUAAGUCACUUCAGUUCAGUUCAGUAUUUACAACCAUUAACCACGCACUUUCGUGCGCCGGUUUUGGUUGCUGUCUAUUGGUUGCCCAUUUGGAUAAAGGACCAAGAUGA